CUAUAUAUCAAACCGAAUGGAUUAGCGAUGCUGCAGUGAAAUUCGUGUACCGUUUUCAUAUAAGACAUCAUAGUUGAUUAGAUCGUCUCCUCAAACAUACGCCUAGUCAGGAUACACUUAUUAUUUUUAUUAUUGUUUAUUAUUAGUAGAUAUUAACACCUUCGACAUACCUUUUUAUUCAGUGAAAAUCAGUAUAACGUCUUGGAAACAUAAUUCAUUUUGUCAUCAACUUAUGCAAUAGUAAAAACACAAACGUAAUUAACAUAGUAUAUAUUUUUCUUUAUUUGUUUUUAUUUUAUAAAAAUAAAGUGAUUUUGAACAAUUGUGUCUCAGUUUUCAUCAAAUUUUUGUCAAAAUUGCCAAGCUCGAAGGAAAAAUUUUUUCUGCCGUUAAUAAUUUUUUUUCGAGCUCGCCUUUGGUGACUCAAAUUAAGGAUCUAAUGACUCGCCAAACCAAUCAACCUGGGGUGUCUGACCCAAAAUCAUCACCCACAAGCGAUGGUACAGAUGCACAACGUCAAACAGGUUCUUCAACUACAAAUGAAAUAUCACUAAAUUUACAACAAAUAACAAUAAAUGAACCACAAAGUCAUGGAUUAUUAACAGUCGAUUCAUGUCAUCCUGGUGGACAUCAAACACGAAGUGAUUCAAUCAGUGUACGUCAUCCAGGUGUAACGAAAAGUCAAAUGAGAGAAUUUCGUGAGGCUUUCCGUCUAUUUGACAAAGAUGGCGAUGGAAGUAUUACAAAAGAGGAAUUGGGACGUGUCAUGAGAAGCUUAGGACAAUUUGCCAGAACGGAAGAAUUACAACAAAUGCUCCAGGAAAUUGAUGUUGAUGGUGAUGGCAAUGUUAGUUUUGAAGAAUUUGUUGAUAUUGUUGCAAAUAUGGGAACAACGGAAAUUGGAUUAAGUGAUGCUGCACAAGAAGAACAAGAAUUGCGAGAUGCAUUCCGUGUAUUUGAUAAGCAUAAUCGUGGAUACAUCAGUGCAUCCGAUUUACGAGCUGUUUUACAAUGUUUGGGAGAAGAUUUAUCCGAAGAAGAAAUUGAAGAUAUGAUCAAAGAAGUAGAUGUCGAUGGUGAUGGCCGUAUCGAUUUUUAUGAAUUCGUGCAUGCAUUAGGUGAACCCGGAAAUGAAGACAGUUGUGAAAUUGAAGAUGAAGAUGAGGAGAAUUUAAUUGAUAAAAUGGAUACCAACUUUUACGAAGAAAACGUAAAACCGCUUGUUCGUAAAUUUGGAAAUUUGAAUAAUGACAAAAACGUACAAAUUGAAAGAGAUAUUUCAAAUAAAAGUGAAAAAUUAUUAAAUUUUGAACAAAUUGCGAGAGACGAACCACAGUAUUCUGGACUAAUUACAGCAGAUAUAAACCAUCGCGAUGAACAACAAAUAACAACAAAUGAGGCACAAUAUUCUGAAGUACAAACAGAAGAUUUAAGUUUUCUUGAUGGAAAUAAAAAACAAACUGAUUUAACUAAUACCCAAGUUUUAGGUGUAACAAAAAAACAAAUGAAAGAAUUUCAAGAAUCUUUCCGUCUAUUUGAUAAAGAUGGAAAUGGUAGGAUUACAAAAGAGGAACUGGGAUCUGUCAUGAAAGGUUUAAGACAGUUUACCAGAAAAGAUGAAUUACAAAGAAUCAUACAGGAAUUGGAUGUUGAUGGUGAUGGCUGUAUAAGUAUUGAGGAAUUUGUUGCUAUGGUUGGAAAUGUUGAAACUACAGAUAAAGGAUCAAAUGUUGCAGCUCAGGAAUUGCAAGAUUUGCAAGAUGCAUUUCGUGUGUUUGAUAAGUAUGAUCGUGGAUAUAUCAGUUCAUCAGAUUUACGAGUUGUUUUACAAUGUAUGGGCGAAGAUUUGACUGAACAAGAAAUUGAAGAUAUGAUCGAAGAAGUUGAUGUGGAUGGUGAUGGCCGUAUUGACUUUAAUGAAUUUGUAACUGCACUAGGUGAGCCAGGAAAUGGAAAUAGUGAUGAAGAUUAUGAAUAA